AUAAUAUAUAUAUUGUGUUCUUCUUUUAAAUUGAAUAUAGGCCCAAAACCCUGUCACAGAUAUCAGGCACAACUGAAAUCAAAAGCUCUGAAUAUCCAAGAAGAAGAAUUAAAACAGGUGUGUCGCAUGCUACCAAAUCACAAUAAAGCAGCUCAGUCUUACUACACUCCUCUUGUAUUAGACACACAUGAGACUUCAGCUCACUCAAAAAUCAAGAUGAAAAGCAAAAAAAGCAAGAAAACCCGGCCCAAAAAGCUGAUGACCUACAUUCCUGUGGACAAUCAGGAAACAUCACCAGAAGAUCUGCUAAAGACACGUCAGAACAAAAUUAUUGUGGUUGGAAAACCUGCAAUUGGAAAGACAACUGUCACCCAUCAAAUGUUAAACCUCUGGACUGAGACAGUUUCAAAAGAACUGGAUUACAUGUUUUACUUUGACAUGAGAGAGAUGUCACGCAUUCAAAAUCCCAUGACUUUGGGAGGUCUUCUCUUUGACCUGUAUUGUGAGCCAGAAGAAAAUAAGACAGAGGUGUUAAAGGAUAUCAUGAAGAACUCUGAAAACGUCAUCAUCAUAUUUGAUGGACUCACAGAUCUCUCUUCUCCCUCAGUGGUAAAGAGACUUGUGGAGAAGGACCUCCUGUGUGACGCUAAGAUAGUGAUCACAUGUCGACCAGAAGUUGAAUCAGAAGAUGUCCUGUCAGAAUGGUCUACUCUGAGAGUGGAGGUGAAAGGCUUCAGUGAUGAGUCCAUCCGAAUGUACUUGAACAUGAUGCUGAGUGCAGAGCCAGAGUCCCUGAGCAGUGUUUUCAGCAAUCUGGAGUUGUUCAGUCUCUGCCAUGUCCCAAUGUAUGCGUUUAUGGUUGUUACGUGUAUUUCUUUCUGCACAGAAAAGGUUUUGAAACCUCUGUGCACAGUAACAGAGAUUUACAUAAACAUCCUACGCCACUGCAUCCGAAAACAUUGUGACAAAUCCUUAAGGCACCUGGAUAAAUGUGUCACUGUGAAUAAAGAAAACAUAAUGUCUUUGGCCAAAAUAGCUUUUACAGCAACACAACAGAAGAUGGUGACUUUUACAGAACUGAGUUGUGAAGAAAGCAAUGUUCAGUUAGCUUUUUUGAGAGCUAUCAUGGUUAGGGAUGCACCCACAGCUAUGAACAUCUCUUUCACAUUUUUUCAGCUCCUGCAGUCUGGUCCAUAGACCUCUCAGAUAGAAAUACCUCCCUCCUCCUAGAAGUGCUGAAACUCCAACCAAAGAAGAAACCAGUAGAUUUGAGGGGCUGGUCAGAUAAGGAUAGUGAAGUGAGGAGUUUCCUCCAGUGUCUGCCCUACAUCUCACAGCUCAGCUGUGAAGCUGGGUUCUUCCAGCAUGUGUGUGAAACCAUCCCUGUGAGGUCCAGAGAGGAGGCCCAGCAGCUGGUCCCUCUCGUCCAGGCCUUGAACUUCUCACUGGUGCUGAGAGGAAGGUUACCCAGACAAACCUGCAGGUCUGUAGGGAGGGUCCUGGGCCUCUGUGCCUCCACAGUGGAUCUCACCAUAACCCCGAGCGAGAUAUCUCUCAAAGGAGCUGGACUUCUCCUCACACAUAUAGCACGGUUACACAAGCUCAGACUGAAUGAGUCCAUGGCAGUCCACCUGUCCAGACUGUUGAGGACAGGUAAACUUGCUUCUCAAGUGACCAUUAAGGAGCUCUCCCUGGUGUCAGAGAAAGUCUGUCUGUCAGAAGCAGCUCUGUUCAGGGUUGUGAGCCGUGUGGCUUCCCUGUUGAGACUCUGGUCAGUGCAGUGUCUGGAUCUGACUGAAUUCUCCAUCCAUCCUCACUCUCUCAUCACACUUCUGGGCCACCACGGCCCUCUGACUCUCAGACUGUGUUCCGAAGCUGUGCAGCAGCUGGCUGUAGUUGUGUAUGAAGCUCAGGACAAGCAGCUGACUUGACUGGAGAAGCUUGGUAGAGACCUGACCUGCUCUCUGGACUGGGAAGUUCUCCUCUAUUUGAUGCAAAAUUCAACCAGGAACACCAAAAUUCCGGUGGACCUCAGGAAACUCAAGCUCUCAGAGAAGAACACCUCGGAUCUUCUAUGUUUUCUAGACAGGAUUGUUAUAAAGAGGCCCAGUACCAGCUUUAUGUUGUCCACCAUCAGAGAGAUGUAUGCAAGUCGGGCCAGUGACCGUGUGUCCAGUUUGUUGUGGUCACUAAACCAUGUUAUCAACCUGAACAGCAGAGAGCUGAACACUGUGGACUGUGCUGCUCUGUGCUUCACCCUCCAACACAGCCGUGCCAGAGUCCAACUCAGUCUGCUGUGGACCUCCGUACCACCGGGGGCGAUAGAAAGAAUCCUGCCUCUACUGGACAGAGUCUCGCAUCUCAAUGUUGACAGGAGGCUACUGCUGACUUUCCUCCGCUGUAGCGCUGCCUCUCCUGUCCAGCAGAGGGCAGCAGCAGCAUCUCUCUCAGCAGCACUGCUCAGGACUCUGCAGUUCAGGCUGGAUCUGUCCUGCUCCUCUGUGGACCUGUCUGAACAGGAGCUGCUGAGAGACAGCUACAUUACCAGUAAAGCCUUGUUGCUCCGGCUAAUGGAGGAGUGUGUCACAUGGGUGUCGGCCCCACGCUAUGCUGAUUCCCUCUGUGGUGCCCUGGGGAGGGAGCUGGACCUCAGUGAGACCAGGCUGGAUGAGAGGGCCUGUGGGUCUCUGGCCCUGGUUCUGGAACAUUCUGAGGGCCUGUCUGAACUGGACUUGAGUCACUGCCAACUUACAGACCAGCACCUGGAGCUCCUGCUUACACACCUGCACAAAGCACAAGUCCUGGACCUGAGUCACAAUGACAUCACUGAUGCUCUAUCAGACAGAAUACUCCAACUGGUUUCCAUCAACAGCUCCAUUAGUGCUGUGCGGCUCUUCAAUAACAGGAGUCUGGACAAAGAGCCCUUCCAGACAGACAAGAGGUUUGAGAUCUGGUGAUCCAACUAGCAUCAGGCAGUUUAUACUGAAGAACUGCUGGGAAAAUAUCUCUCUACGUAUUUUCAUAACUCCUUUACCCCAAAGCCAUAAUAAAAGGAUAGUAGUGGAACUAGGAGGCACUGUGGAACUCUGUUUUAACAUUGCAGACCUUUGGCAUUAUAAUUCUAAUCCUUCUAAUCAUCCAUUAGUCUUCUAAGGCAAUUAGCAAACACAAUGUACCAUUCGAACACAUACAGUAAUAGUUGCUGGAAAUGGGCUUCUAUACACCUAUGUAGAUAUUUCAUUAAAAACCAGACGUUUCCACCUAGAAUAGUAAUUUACCACAUUAACAAUGUAUAGUGUAUUUCUGAUUAAUUUAACAUUAUCUUCAUUGAAAAAAACAGUGCUUUUCUUUGAAAAAUAAGGACAUUUUUAAGUGACCCCAAACUUUUGAACGGUAGUGUAUAUUCCAUAUAUAUUAUAUUUAUAUAUUAUAUAAUCCAAUCUAUAUAUUAUGUGUUCUUACAAACAAUGUGUGUAUGUAUUCUACCUGUAGCAUGUUCAUGUUCACUAAUGGAUAAUUCGGUAAAUUCAAAUUUAAAAAGGCGGCAUAAGGGCAACAAAAAAGAGAAAAUGUUCUUUUAGUAAAGACUGCCUAGGACAUACCUGGGUGGGGCCGAUAGAAGGGUUAGGGUUAGUUGGACUUGGUCAGAACUGUUUCAAAAAUAGUUAUCUGCAUGAUGCCUGCUGCCUUUGGGCUCAGGGAUGUUGAAUUUAAAUGACAUGUAAAAUUAACAUGUUAUGUUACAUUGUGAUGUAAUGGUGUUUUCUGGAAGGUACUAAAGAACAACGCAUAAUACAAAUGUUUUUAUGAAGUUAGAUAGACAUUAUAUAAGUUUCAGGUUGUUUUAGUGUUGAUAACAUGUCCCACAUAGUCCCACACAAACU